AUGUCAUCAUCAGAAAGUGAAAGUGAAGCCCCAAAAAAAUUAUUUUUAUCACCAAUUGCAAAACCACUUGCUGAUCCAAAACUUACACUCAAAUUAUUAAAGUUGGUUAAAAAAGCAUCAAAAGAUAAGAAAAUCAGCAGAGGUGUAAAAGAAGUUGUUAAACAAGUUAAAAAAACCAAAGAUUCAAGCAGAAAUAAAAAUAGAAUUUGUAUUAUUGCUGGCGAUGUCAGCCCAAUCGAUGUCAUUUCUCACAUCCCAGUCUUAUUAGAAGAAUCUGGUAUUAAAUAUAUUUAUGUUCCAUCAAAAGAAUCUUUAGGUACUGCUUCAUCAACUAAAAGACCAACAAGUAUUGCUUUAGUCGAUUUAGAUAAUGAUUCUGAACACAAGAAAUUAUUAUCUCAAUGUCUUGAAAAAAUCCCAGCUGUAAGUAUUUAA